UAGGGUUAAUCUUCAACAUUGCGCAGAGUCAUCACCAGUCACCCCAUUACAGCAAUCGGUAAAAAGCUUCAAACUUUUUUCACCCCUUUACUUCCAAACGUGAAAAACCUCCAAACUUUCUUCACCAUUGUGCUUUAGAACAUGAAUUGAAUUGUCUUGUUUGGUAAUGAAUUCACAUGUUCCUGUCACACAGACAGAGCAAAACAGCAUACAACAUUGGUGUUAACUGUUAAGAUUCUUGUCAAGGCACAAUGAGUAACCAAAAUGGUUCAAGCAAUGACCGGUCAAGGAUGCAUUGGACUCCAUUGAUGGAGCGUUACUUCAUUGAUCUAAUGUUGGAGCAUUUGCAGAGAGGAAACAUGGUUGGCCACACUUUCAACAAGGAUGCUUGGACAGACAUGCUCACCAUGUUCAAUGCCAAGUUUGGUUCACAGUGUGAUAAGGAUGUCUUGAAAGCUCGUUAUACUAAUCUGUGGAAGCAGUUCAAUGAUGUCAAGAACAUUCUAUCUCACUUUGGUUUUUCUUGGGAUGCUGUGCAUCAAAGGGUUGUGGCUGAUGAUUUUGUUUGGGAGGAUUAUAUCAAGGCUCACCCUGAUGCACGGUGCUUUAGGACUAAACCAGUGCUUAACUUUGAUGAUUUGUGCAUGAUAUAUGCUCACACCUUUGCUGGUGGAAGAUAUAGUUUAUCAAGCCAUGAUGUAAGCCUUGAUGAUCAAAUGCCAGGACUGCAUUUGCCCUCAGGUGAUGGAACAGGAAGCUCUGCUGUAUCAAGUAAUGAGCUGCUCAAGACAGAUUGGACUGCUUCAAUGGACCAAUUUUUCGUUGAGCUUUUGCUUGAUCAGUUGGGCAGGGGCAAUCAAGUCAAUAAUUCAUUCAAUAAAAAGGCUUGGACAGAUAUGCUAGCCAUGUUCAAUGCUAAAUUUGGAUCUCAACAUGGUAAAAGGAUUUUAAAGAAUCGAUUCAAGAAACUGCUGAAAUGUUACCGUGACAUGACAAAACUUCUAAAACAAGGCUUUUUGUGGAAUGAACAACAGCAGAUGCUUGUCGCUGAUGAUGAUGUCUGGGAUGCUUAUAUCAAGGCACAUCCACAUGCACGUACAUAUAGAUUGAAAACAUUGCCAAACUAUCAUGAUUUAGAAUUAUUAUUCAGAAAUGUGUGUGGAGAUGAGAUCAGUAAUUUGCAUCAGGAGAAAAAUCAUGAAGCUGUCAUAUCCGAAACAAAGAGGGGUGAACAAAAACGAAGGCGGAACCCAAGUGGUACUGAUCGUACUAGAACAUGUUGGACACCCCCGAUGGAUGCUUGCCUCAUUGACUUGUUAUUAGAGCAGGUCAAAAGGGGAAAUAGACUUGGGCAAACAUUCAUUACCCGGGCUUGGAAUGGCAUGACUGUGUCUUUCAAUGAACAAUUCAAAUCUCAAUAUGACAAAGAUGUUCUGAAGAAUCGUUACAAACAUUUGAAGAAACAGUUCAAUGAGGUGGACAAUCUUCUUCAGCAGGAUGGGUUCUCAUGGGAUGAUACAAAAGAAAUGGUUAAUGCAGAGGAUCAUGUUUGGGAUGCUUAUACAAAGGCACACCCUGAAACUCGAUCACUUAGAGUUAAAACCUUACCAGGAUAUCACAAAUUGUGUGUUAUAUUUGGAGAGGAAUGUUCUGAUUCUAGACAUUUCAGUUUAUCACAUGAUGCAGAUCCCAGUAACGAAUUAUUAGUGUUGAUAACAGGUGAACAGAAGAAUGCCACAGGUCCCAAUGUUUAUGAUGCUGAUUCUACAAUAGAAUGGAUGGAAUCAAUGGAAAUCUGUUUUGUUGACCUUAUGAUUGAGCAACUAAACAGAGGAAAGAGGAUUGGAGAGUUUUUCAAUGAGUAUGCAUGGACCCAGGUGACUGAAGCAUUCAACGCUAGAUUGGGACUCCAAUGUGAUAAGCAAUUUCUCGUAGAUCAGUAUUUCUGCUUGAUGAAAAAGCAUAAUGACAUCAGCAAAAUUCUCAGUCACAGUGGAUUUACAUGGGAUGAAACUCUACAAACGGUAACUGCUGAGAAUGAUACCUGGGAUGCAUAUAUUAAGGAUCACCCAGAUGCCGUAUCAUAUAAAAACAGGUUUUUGUAUCUUUUCAAUGAUUUGUGCAAGAUUUUCGGAAACAAAGUGAUGCAAGUACCAGAUGCAGGAGAGAUUGCUCAGGAUCAGCACCAGUUGAUCGAAGCCAACGAUGUCACCGUUGAGAUCGAUAUGGACGGAACAUGUGAAGAUCUGGCUGAGAUUAGCAAUUUUGAUAUAUCCGAUGAGGACUUAGACUGGCCAAGGGAAUUGAACAUGGAUGGAUCACCUGAAAAUUUGGUUGAGAGUGGCAGCCCUAAAAUUUCAUUCCAAGAUAAGAAAAAGCCAAGUGUGAACAAUAUGUUUGGAAUGUCUGGAAUUUUGGAUGGGACUAUUAAAAAUGAAAUAUCAAACCUAGAUACAGAAAGACCUAAGGAAAUGGGAAUGGAUAUAACAACAUCUGGUGAUUUUGCUGUGAUUGGGAACACUCAAAUAACAUCUCAAGAUAAGAAAAGGCCAAGCAUAAACGGAACAAGUGGUGAUUUGGUGAUGAGUGGCAACACAACAAUAACACCUUGUGUUAAGAAAAGGCCUAGUUUAAUGCCAUCAGAAUCCAGGCCUGCCAAAAAGGAGCUGAGAAUCAAAGAAGCUUUGUCUAAGAUGGCAAGUGCUGUGAAGGCACUGGUGAAUAAGAAAGAAAAGAACAACAACAAAUCGUUUGAAAAUGCAUUGAGUGCACUUCAAGCUAUGCCAGACAUAGAUGAUGAGCUUGUAAUGGAGGCGUGUGAUCUUUUGGAAGAUGAGAGAAAGACCGAGAUAUUUUUAGCUUUGAAUGUCUCGUUGAGAAAGAAGUGGUUGCUCAGAAAGCUUCGGUGGUAACAGCCGCAUGUCUUCCCUGUAUAGUAUUGUAUAUUAAAGCUUAGCCUGAGCAUGUUUGGAAAAUUAACUGCAGCCUGUGAACAUGUAGAAUCGAUUUAAGUUUUGAAAAACUACUCUUUGUAGCUUAUAGAUAUAGAAUAGAUUCUGAGUUUGGAAAGUGAAAUCCAAACAUGCACUGUGUUUUGGUUUUUGUCAUUUAACUUUCUGUUACAAUUCUUGAACUAAAUUGAACUUUUCAUUGUCCAGAUUA